AUGCUUGAUGACGAUGAGGAAUGGCGCCCCACUCCCUCGUCGCUGAAUAAUAAAAAAUCAAGAAAGACAACAAAGAACAAUGCAUCGUCGUCUUCAUCACCGCCAACACCAUCACCGCCACAGUCCUCACCAACCCCACCGGUUCUACCUGAGGAAUUCAAGAACCAUAUGAGAGAGCUGAACGGCGGCGGCAGCGAGAUGCAAUUUGUGAUGAGCAAGAAUCUCUCCAAGACAGAUGUGAGCGCCAAGCACAACCGUCUAUCGAUGCCUCAGUCAGAAAUAUGUUGUGAUUUCUUGACUGAGGCUGAGAAGGCAACCUUGCAUGAGAGGGAAGGAAGGCUUCUUCGGGGUGUGGAAGUGAAGGUGUUGGAUCCAUCUUUCAGGGAACAUACUUUGAUACUCAAGAGGUGGGAGAUGACAAGUACAAGCAUUUACUCUCUCAACAAAGAAUGGAAAAGCGUCGUCUCUCAAAACCGUUUGCAAGAAGGAGACCAACUUCAAAUCUGGUCUUGUAGAGUCGAUGCCCAAUUAUUUCUUUUAUUAAAUAAAUUAAUCUGA